CCUUUCAUCACGCGCCGGAGGGCUCUUCCGGGGCCAGAGCCAACCCACGGUGUUGCUGUCAGAGCUGCUCGGCGGGAGGGAGCCCAGGGGAGGCGCCCUCCCGAGGCCACCAUUGCCCAUGCAGACCACCCAGCCAUCUGGCUACUGAUGUCAUGAGUAACACGACAGUGCCCAAUGCCCCCCAGACCAACAGCGACUCCAUGGUGGGCUAUGUGUUGGGGCCUUUCUUCCUCAUCACCCUGGUUGGGGUGGUGGUGGCUGUGGUAAUGUACGUGCAGAAGAAAAAGCGGGUGGACCAGCUUCGCCAUCACCUGCUCCCCAUGUACAGCUAUGACCCUGCAGAAGAACUCCACGAGGCGGAGCAGGAGCUGCUGUCUGAUGUGGGCGAACCCAAGGUGGUGCACGGCUGGCAGAGCAGCUACCAGCACAAGCGAAUGCCCCUGCUGGACAUCAAGACAUGACGGUUCACGCCCCUCUUACUUGCUAUCCACAGCUGGCCCUAAGCCAAGCCUGUUUUCCUUGUGGAGUGGGCGACAGCCUUGCUUUCUCUAGCCUGCUUGGACCUUGCUGUGGCACAAUCCAAGAGGCCUCUGGAGUUGUUCCCAUGGCGACAGGCCCAGAUGUAUAGUAUCCGGUGUAUAUAUUUUGUAAAUAAACUUUGAUGGCUUCACU